AACAGCCGCAGCCCGUGCAGAUGCAGGAAUGCUUAUACACUGACAUCAUCUAAGACCGAGCGCAGCCUCUCCCGGUUUGAGGACACCUCUCCCGCCGGCAAGGUGACACCCGGGGACGCUGUCUUCACCCAUCCACGGGCUAUUUUUUUUUGCGCCCAGAAAGCGACCCCCUCCCCCCCCGCGCCCCGCCACUGUUCCUCUCGGCUUUCCGCGGGGACCAUGAGGAGUGGAGCUGGAGUUUGACACCGUAAUCUGUCCGGAGAGUCGAAGCCCCCCCUGCGUUCGCGGCCGCUCUUCGUGGUCUGAUCCUGCACGCGGGAGGAGAAGGGGUGGCGCCUCUCCUGCCGUUGGCUCGUCGUUUUCCAGAAGGAUGGUGUUGGACAAGGAGGAGAGUGUGUCUCUCGUGUCCCUCCAGUCCAGAGAGAAGCCGAGGGGCUGCGCCGGCUGCAACGGGAGGAUCCGGGACCGCUUCAUGCUGCAGGCGCUGGACAGGUACUGGCACGAAGACUGUCUGAAGUGCGCCUGCUGUGACUGCCACCUGGGCCGGAUGGGCUCCACCCUCUACACCCGGGCCAACCUCAUCCUCUGCCGCAGGGACUACCUGAGGCUCUUUGGGGUGACGGGGAACUGUGCAGCCUGCAGUAAGAUGAUCCCUGCCUUUGAGAUGGUGAUGAGAGCCAGAGACAACGUUUACCAUUUAGACUGCUUCGCCUGUCAGCUCUGCCGCCAGAGAUUUUGCGUGGGAGACAAGUUUUUCCUCAAGAACAACAUGAUCCUGUGCCAGCUGGACUAUGAAGGAGGCCAUCUUAAUGGCAGCACUGAGAGGCAGCCUCAAUAA